GUGUACAUCGGCGAGCUCCCGCACGACUUCCUCCGCAUCGCGCCCACGCAGCAGCAGCAGCAGGUGCAGCUGGACGCGCAGGCGGCGCAGCAGCUGCAGUACGGCGGGGCGGUGGGCACGGUGGACCGCCUCAACAUCACCGUCGUGCAGGCCAAGCUGGCAAAGAAUUACGGCAUGACGCGCAUGGACCCGUACUGCCGGCUGCGGCUGGGCUACGCGGUGUACGAGACGCCCACGGCCCACAACGGCGCCAAGAACCCGCGCUGGAACAAAGUCAUCCACUGCGCCGUGCCCCCGGGCGUGGACUCCUUCUACCUGGAGAUCUUCGACGAGCGAGCCUUCUCCAUGGACGACCGCAUCGCCUGGACACACGUCACGCUGUCCGAGGCCCUGAAGCAGGGCGAGGUGGAGGACAAGUGGUUCUGCCUGAGCGGAAGGCAGGGUGACGACAAGGAGGGCAUGAUCAACCUGAUCCUGUCCUACUCGUCGCUCCCGGCUGCCAUGGUGAUGCCGCCUCAGCCCGUGGUCCUGAUGCCCACCGUGUACCAGCAGGGCGUCGGCUAUGUGCCUGUCACAGGGAUGCCCGCCGUGUGUGGCCCCGGCAUGGUGCCCGUGGCCCUGCCCCCGGCAGCCGUGAGUGCCCCGCCCCGCUGCAGCGAGGACGACCUGAAGGCCAUCCAGGACAUGUUCCCCAACAUGGACCGGGAGGUGAUCCGCUCCGUGCUGGAAGCCCAGAGAGGGAACAGGGACGCGGCCAUCAACUCCCUGCUCCAGAUGGGGGAGGAGUCCUAGGCCCCGCCCCCCGCCGCCUGCCGCCUCCGGCCCUUCGGACUUGCCAACCCAGGGUUGCCCGGGGCGCGCUGUCCCAACAGGAGUCCUGCGAACGAGCCCCUCGCAGCCCCUUCCUUGGCCGUCCGUGCGGCCCGGCCCGCCCCAUCUGGGCCGCACGUGAGGGUGCGGUUCCCGCAGCCGUCUGCGGUGCCCGACGGGACUGUGGGUGUGGGUGGCUUUGCUCCCGCCUGUGUCGGGAGACGAGCAGACACGAGGGCCGUGUCCCAUUCACACACACCCACCUUCCCCGGCUCGGGGACCGCGUCCUCGUCCCGUGUGCUCCCCAUCCCCGCGCCGUGCCUGAGUGCUCUGGCGGGGCCGCCUGCCUUGGCCGCGGCCUCGCAAAGGGCCACAUGUCCUGGGGUGGCUAAUGGCAUGCAGUCACGUGACUUCACUGGGACAGACCUAUUAAUUUAACGUGCACACAAUCCAUCGAUCGCUGAUUUGGGCUUGAUUUUAGAACUUGCAAACUGAAAACUCCCGUCCCUCCCGUGGUCCUUGUGGCCUCGGGCUGCUCACCGGCAUCCCGUACCAGCGCAGCCGUGCAGGGCUGCGGCCACGGAUGUCCCCCUGUCACGGCCGUGCGGCCGGAGCCAGGCUGCCCUCAGUGCAGAAGGCCCCUCGUGUCUGUCCUCGCUGUUUCGUGCCAGCUUCGUGGGACGUUCUGAGGAAUCGCUUCUCUCUGUGGUCAGCUCUGCCAUCAGAACCCGAAAUCGGGGGGGAGUCAACCCCGUCCCGCUUUACUAAAGGGUGUGGGAACCGUGGCUCAGCCCCGAUGCUGAUUUCAGUCACUGCACCGUCCAGUGCACGCAGCCCGAGCGACGGAGACGGUGUGGUGACAGCCAGCCUGCAGGUCUUCCCGGGGGGCUGUGUGUGCGUGCGCCGCACGCUGGCCCCAGCUCUGGCUGCAGACACAGGACAGGGACAGAUCGGGGGACACCUAGUGAAAUUUGAGAAGUCUCAGAAGCGAUGCUCUCUGAAUCACGCACACAGGUCAGACACGCACGUCAUCCGGGGGGCAGGGUCAGUGGCAUGAAGGCCCCGUCACUGUUUCCUCUUCGGGUGGUCACUGCAGUCUUUGGGCAUCAGGUCUCUCGACACGGACGGCAGGACGGGUCCCGACGACGUGGACGUCUGCGGGCUGAUUCUGCGCCGGUCCCCGGCCCUCCCCGCCACGCGUCCUGCCUCCUCCGGACUUUGGUUGGAUGCAGUUUCCGGAAUUUGUUCCUCUCAGCCCGGGGACGUGUGUGGUGGCUGGGUGGUGACAGUGCCAGGCGAGGGGCUCUCAGAGUGGAGGCUUGUGUUGGCUCAGUGGGUUUGGGCCACCUGCUUGAGCACGGUGCACCCCACUUUCUCGUGGACCCCGCGUCCGUGUUUCAGACAGGUGGGUCUCGUGCUGUGCAGCACAUUUCUUCUCAAGUGGGUGAAAGUGUUAGGUGGGCCUGCGGGGCUCUGAGUGUGUCAGUGGUGACCUGAACAAGUGUGGCACGAGACACUACAGGUGCCGGUCCCCAGGCCCCAGCUGGCCCCAGCACCACUUCUGCUGCCCGCCGCUGAGGCGUGGGAGUCUGCGCCCACGUGUGACGCCAGCGCACCCGUCCCCCGGCCCAGGAGCAGCCCGCGCAGGCUCAGCCCGGGUGCCGUGCUUUGAGGUGCCCACCCUUGUGCCACCUCCGUCCCUCUCCGCGUUCACGAACAGCGUUUCUAGGAGCUCACAGGCGGGCCCCCCAGAAGGCCCUCCGGAGGGGCUCCUCACUGCAGCCACUGCACCUGCGUCCCCUGCCUCGUCCCGCCUGUGUCUGUGAGGAGGGACGCGUCUGCCUUCGGGGCGCUGCGGCUGUGGGUGGGGUGGCUCUGGGGCUCUGCUUCCCGUCAUCCUCUGGGGUCCAGUGUCCAGGUCUUUCUUUGAUUGUAAAGUAUAUUUUUACUUUUCAGCCUUCUAAUUUAAUAAAUGAUCUGUAUAAAAGUAGAGAAUUAAAGUCCUUCGAGGAAAGUUUA